CAUGUACACGCCCCUUGGGCCCCGCCCUUCUCAGCCGGGUUUUUUACGUUUGGACGUUCUGUACGCCUUACGUCAUCUGACGGUGCUUUAGAUUCAGCUGACGCAGCCCGGGUUUAUCUAUCGGGGAGACGGAGACCGGAGCCCGAGAACUUAGCGUUGCUUCCUUCAUACUCUUUUGACCAUUCUCCAGAACGAUGUCUGAAGGGGAGAAUAAAACUGCUCCGAGUACGGGAUCAGACCCCAAGUUAGAUAGUGUUUCCUCUAUGUCUCCUCCGGUGAGUGCACCCUCAGUGCCGUCUCAAGAAGAGGAAGAGGAGGAGGAGAGUGAAGACGAGUCUGAGAUCCUGGAGGAGUCGCCUUGUGGUCGCUGGCAGAAAAGACGUGAAGAGGUAAACCAGCGCAAUGUCCCCGGGAUUGACAGCGCCUACCUUGCCAUGGACACGGAGGAGGGGGUGGAGGUGGUCUGGAAUGAGGUGCAGUUCUCAGAGAGAAAGAACUUCAAGCUGCAGGAGGACAAGGUGAAGGCCGUGUUUGAUAACCUCAUCCAGCUGGAACAUCUGAACAUUGUGAAGUUCCACAAGUACUGGGCUGAUGUGAAGGAGAACCGGGCAAGGGUGAUCUUCAUCACGGAAUACAUGUCAUCUGGGAGCCUCAAACAAUUCCUGAAAAAGACGAAGAAGAACCACAAGACCAUGAAUGAGAAGGCCUGGAAGAGAUGGUGCACACAGAUCCUGUCUGCACUCAGGUGAGUCAGGGCUCCCGAU